GUGCGCGGGUGGGCACCACACGUGCACUGUGCACGUUGAUUGCAUAUCACCCUAAGACUCAAUUGGAAUUUAAACGGGACGUUUUAAAGAAAUGCACGCACGCGCGCGCGCGCGUGUGUGUGUCUCGAUCUCUUUAAUUGUCUCGAUCCACAUCCCAUCGUGAUUAUUAUCGUCAACCAUUUUUAGAUGACCUUCGAACCUGUCAACAGUAUUAACGUUUCAUUAAUCGUUGAUUAAACCGCUGGAAAGGCACGCGUGGCAAAGAGUCCGCCGUGCGUGUGUAAGCGCAGUAGGCGGACCUCUGUCCUCUUUACAUACCACUUUGGAGGAGAUACAGCCGCCAUAGAGUAAAAGGCGGGGAACCACAUGCCAUAAACGCACUAGAAGUCGGACGGGCAGGACCACACGCAACUGGCUCUCGUGAGGACAUAUUCCACAGCUGAAGGACACUUAAUCAGACAGGUCAGCAGCCCGGAGACAUCCCUAAUUGAUGCACAGAGGAGUGGUCCAUCCCGAGUCCAGACUUGGAGCAGCCAGCGCUGCCUUCACGAUCGAAUAUUGGAAAAUAAGAAGUUUAUUCUCCCAGCUACAUCUGAGUCCUUUGCAUCGACAUUGAGGUAGCAGAGAAGACAUGAGUGAAAACAAACCUGCCGAGACUGCGGAAAGUGCCCAUGCUGUGAUGAAUGCUAUUCCUAAUGGCAAAGGUCACGAGGCAGAAGAUGAGAUCACUGCUCCGGCCAAAACAUCACCUGUGGAAGAUGAACCAAAUCCCAACAGAACCGAGAACACGGAGGCCAACCUUCCAGAGGGUCAGGCAUUCUCAUCAGGUGCAGACGACAAGACUACAACAAGAUUUACAGAUUUUGAGGGAAAUACUUCGUUUGGGAUGUCCGUCUUCAACUUGGGCAACGCAAUCAUGGGAAGUGGAAUCCUCGGAUUGGCGUACGCCAUGGCCAAUACAGGGGUUGUUUUAUUUUUGGUCCUCCUUACAGUGGUGGCAGCUCUUUCAUCUUAUUCCAUUCAUUUACUGCUUAAAUCUUCUGGUAUCGUAGGUAUCCGGGCUUAUGAGCAGCUUGGCUACAGAGCAUUUGGCACUCCUGGUAAGAUGGCGGCAGGUAUCGCCAUCACGCUGCAGAACAUCGGAGCCAUGUCCAGUUACAUGUAUAUUGUCAAGUAUGAGUUCCCCCUGGUCAUUCAGGCCUUCCUCAGGGUGGACAAGCCUGCAGGUGAAUGGUACAUGAACGGCAACUACCUUGUGGUCAUCGUAUCUAUCGCUGUCAUCUUGCCACUGGCGCUCAUGAAGCAGCUGGGGUACCUGGGGUACACCAGUGGCUUUUCCCUGAGCUGCAUGGUUUUCUUCCUCAUCUCGGUCAUAUACAAGAAGUUCAAUGUCCCUUGUCCAUUUGUGGAUUUUGCCCUUAACGGCACUGCCAGUGGACUGAACAUCACGCUUCCCGGCGGGGCAGAAGACCCCGCCUGCAUUCCCAAAAUGGCUAACCUCAACUCGCAAACUGCCUAUACCAUCCCCAUCCUGGCCUUUGCCUUUGUGUGCCACCCUGAGGUCCUGCCCAUCUACACAGAGCUACGCAACCCCACAAAGAAAAAGAUGCAGCAUGUGGCCAAUAUCUCCAUUGCAGUCAUGUACAUCAUGUAUUUCCUGGCUGCUCUUUUUGGAUACCUAACCUUCUAUGGUGAAGUGGAGGCAGAGCUUCUUCACACUUACAGUCGCAUUGACCCCUACGACACACUGAUUCUGUGUGUGCGUGUCGCCGUGCUCACUGCUGUCACACUCACAGUGCCCAUUGUGCUCUUUCCUGUUCGGCGGGCCAUUCAGCAUAUGAUGUUUCCCAACAAGACCUUCAACUGGCCGCGACACGUCGCCAUUGCAUUCACUCUGCUCGCGUUUAUCAACCUGCUUGUUAUCUUUGCCCCCAACAUUUUGGGCAUCUUUGGGAUCAUAGGUGCCACGUCUGCACCUUGUCUCAUCUUCAUUUUCCCAGCUGUCUUCUACAUUCGUAUCGUACCCAAAGAGGAGGAGCCGCUUUGGUCGCCCCAGAAAAUUAUUGCUGUCUGCUUUGCUGGGAUCGGCUUCCUGUUUAUGAUCAUGAGUCUCAGCUUUAUCAUUAUUGACUGGACUUCAGGCACCAGCAAAGCCAGCAGUGGCCACUAAACACCUCCAUAUUUGAUCGUAGUCUUCAACUUAUUUGUAACAAUUUAGUUACUAUCGUCGUUGAUAGUUUGACUUUGGCUCACAUUCUAUCUUGCACGGACAAGAAUCCCACGGGAAGUUUCGGAAGACACUCUGCAAGUCCCUGCACAAGCAUCUCCGUACUCUUAGCACACCUUUGGCAGAAUGUUCCAGGUGAAUAAAAAUGUGGAGGUGAAACUAUAGGAAGCUGCUCUCUUGACACGCCCGUCUGACAUGCAUAUCCUCUAAUGAGCACAAGCAAAUAUAAAUGUUUUUUCCCCAUCAUCCAUGUGGGCGUCCUCUAGAGAAUUUGGCCUGUGUAAAAAGCACACCUUUCACCUGGUGACACAAAAACAAGCUGGAGAGAGCAAAACAUGUUGUUAGCAUUUUAGCAAACAACAUAAGAGGAGUUAUGAUGCUAAUUUGAAAAUAAUAGGAGUCAUCAGCAACAAAGAAAUUACAAGUAUUUUUUUAUUUCGCUGAUAUCGAAACAGUGGCAAUUGUAAUUGUUUUUGUUUAAAACGGGUCUGAAAAAAGAGAGGUUGUCCUGUGCAUUCAGGAUUGUCUUAUAUUCGGGUCAAUACGGUCUUAGAUUAAAUAAACCUUUAAAGUUUGUUUUUUGUUUUUUGCUUGUACUGAAGACCUCAAGAAAAUUACCUCUGUGUUCCUCCUGUUUGAAUUUUUUUGUGUGCGUUAUCUUUGACAUGUAUCACAGAUGACCAGGAAAACAGGGUCCAUUGCAGCGUUUUUUCCCCAUUUUCCCAACAACAUCAGUGUUGUGUCAUUACUACAGUGGCCCACAAUGGCAAACACAUUGCAUCAUCCAAGGGCUCCAAAAAUGAUUCACAACACACACACAAACACCCUGAAACAAAUGAGACAGGAACAUGAUGCAUUAACACACACAAACCCUCCAAAAAAAAAAAAAAACAGCAUGAGAGAAAUGCUACAAGUUCAAGCUAGUAAGAAAACCGCCUUGACCAGAGAAGAACGUUGUCAGAAUGAAAAUUAUUUUUUUUCUGAUAUCUUUGUUUUACACUUGCCUUAGACAUCAAGCUGUCAAUAGAGUUGUCCCUCACCACAUUUAAACAAAUAAUAUUUUGCAUAUUUUUGUUUUCAAUUUAGCUUUUUUUAAGUAUAAAAAUGAUAAAAGAACUAAAAUACCAUGUUCAGUUUUGCGGCCACUAAUUGGCUAAGCCUCUGGCAGCGUUACAACGUUGCAGGACUGGUAAACUCGUUUUCAUUGACCACCACAUCACAGUUAUGGCUGCCCUCAAACUGGCUUGUAACAUCAGUGAAUAUAUAUUUAUAUUCAUGUUAAAUCACCUUCAGAUAUUGUUGCAUAAUUGCCUAUGCAUUUGAUUAUGUUUUUUGUUUUGUUUACAUAAAAAUGGAUGGAUAACUUUCUUAAAAAUGAACACAUUUAGUUUGGGGUUAGUAUUUAAGAAUGAUUAAGUACUUAAUUGGUGCGCAUUAUUUCCAGGCCACGUACAUUAUCGUGGCCUUGAGUUUGACACUUGCACUAUAUUGAAUGAAAAGACUGUAAAAGUGACUAUGUGGGAGUAAUUUCAUGUCAAGAGGGCUCUCAUAAUAUUAGACAUGUAUUUGGAAGAAAGUAAAACUAUUUUUAAGCUCUAGCUAUGGAAAUAAUAGGUUUAUAAAUAAUCAUUUCUACUUUGCCGAAAUUCGCUUACCACGUUUAGGCUGGAAAUCUAUUGACAGCAGUACACAAGUGUUUACUGUACUGCUGUGAAAUAUUAAGACUUUCGUUUUGUUUAUAGCAUUUCUCCCAUGCAGCUUUUUUUGGGAGGGAGAGAGAUAUUUUUUUUGGAGUUUGCAACAGUUUUUGGCUCGGAUCCUGCAGAAUUUGUUUUAUGUUUUUGUUUGUGUGUGUGUGUUUUUUUUUUUUUACUGCCACCGUACUUGACUCAUUUCUGCAUUCAAGCAAUAGAACUGACAUGCAUUCUGUAAUGUCAGCAUCAGCACUUUUUUUGACCAAGCACAACAUCUUGUAGCCGUCUUUAACACUAAAAACAGGCGACUUUUUAUAUCGAACAUCUUUGAUUGAUGUUUCCCUUUUGUAUAAGAAUAUCUAAAUAUGUAUGUAGUCUAAAGCAAGCGUCCUCUGCAGUCGACAUUUCUUUUUGUUUUUUGCAUUACAGGGUUAUUUUCUUCUUGAACGCUGACGAAAUAAAUGGACCCCACACAUAUGUUCACUGAAGUGGACACUGGCUCUCAUGAUGAUGUAUAUACUUAUAAAUAACUGUUGUAAUUUCAAUUCCACGAAAGUAGCAACAUGUAACUGUAAGUGUCAGAUGAAAUAUUACUUGAAUUAACAAAGUGUCCCUGCAGUGAUUUGUUAGAUGUAGUGAAAGCGAUUUAAAUAAUUCCGUCAGGGUUACAACAUGUUUUAUUAAUAUUUAUGUAAGUUGAAUUAUGUCUCGUGGUUCUAUGAAGUACAGUUUGUUUUGAUCUCAUCAGUGAAAACUUGCUUCUCAAAAUCAAUAGUGGUCUUGCCUCCAUGGUCACCAAUUGUUUUGUGUUGACACUCUUCUCAUAUUUGUAUUCAUGUAUUCAUAUGCAUAACGAUAAUGAGCUCGCUAUUUUUUGAUUGACUGUAGACAUUGUAGCUGUGAACAAGGAUAAAUUACAUCCGUUCAAAUAUUGACAUUUUCCAUACAGACUAUAUUUUACUACAGAAAAUAAGUACUAAUAUUGUGUGUUGAUCUAUUAUGAUCUUUAUGAAUCCUUGCAGUAUGUCACUUCUCAGUGAGCCUGUGUGUGAUUUAUGGAUAUAAUACUGUAUCAUAUUGGCCAGCGUUUAUAAAUAACUAAUACAUGUAUACCAAUUAUUAUCUUCUAUAUUUAUUCAUUCUUGUUUGUAUAAUGUAAACAGCAGUACCUACUUUAUAUAGUGUUAAUAACAGUUGUAGUUUUUUUUAGUUUUAAUCCUAUUAAAUAAAUAUGUUUAAAAAUGUUUUAAGUGCUUUUAAACAUUUUUGUCCUUCAAUUGGUGUCUAUUUUUCUCAUGUCUAUAUUUCAAUAUGUUGCUGGGAGUAUUGUACUGUAACAAUGUUACAAUAAAAUGAAUGGAGUC